AUGGAUGACUACUGCCUGGUCGCGACUCACCUUUCCUCACUGAGCUUGGCACCACCCUCGAAUAUCAUCGUCCAAACCGCGCGUCAAAAUGCCCCACUCCCACCCUCUGUACAAGAUAACGACAUACCGACGGACCAUGCAACAUGCAGCUUCGUUCUCAACACACCAACCACGGGGACCAUCCUUCUUCGCGUCAUCCAGGGUGGAGUGGUUGUCGAGCUUAUUUCACUGUCCACUCUAGUGCCACCCCUCCGCAUCGUAUUCCCUGCCCUGGUCCUCCCAACGCCCUUCGUAUUUCUUUGGGAACAAUCCGAGCUCCACCUCCUUCUCGUCACCGACAUCGGGUCGUUGUACCGGUUGAUCAUACCAGUUGAAGGUCUGAACCUCUGGCAAAACCAAACCGAAAGCAUAUGGCCGAGAGAAUACUUUAUCAAGAAUCUACCUUCUGAACAUGUAAGGGAUUGUGCAAUCCAUGCUCAAGGGACAUACUGUAUCGCCAUCUCACUGCCAAACGGCGAUUUGCUGAGACUUGAAGCGGAGUCAAUGGGUUACGAUGGUCACGACGAGGAAUGGAUCGAAACGGUCUUCCACCACGGCUCAUUCCUUUCAUCGUUGACCGCCUUCCUGCCGCUGCAUUCUGGAAUACCUAAUGCGGCCGAUAUCAUUUCGUUAGCGUCACACCCAUGGCCCACAGACAUAGGAAACGUGUGGACAAUGUCGCGAGACAGAACACUUCGGUUAUGGAAAGCCAAACUUGGUUGUGUAGCCUCCAAGACUCUACCAACUGUACCCAACUUUAGAAAUGCUUCGACAAGUACUUCACCCACCGCCAAGCAUCUCCUCCUCGACGCAGAACAGCAGAAACUCCUUAGGGUCUUUUCCCUUACAUCAGAAGAUGAGGAACGGAUGGAUGUGUAUAUCCUUGCCUUUAUUCCGACGCCGUCCUCCACGACGGGUGGAUUUUUCUGUCUGCUAGACACCUCAACCGACCAGCUGAUUGAUGUUGGCAUCAUCGAGUGCCCCAAACAUACGGUUCACUGCCAUCUCCAGGAUUUCAUGGUCGUUGGGAAUGCGCUAUACACGUUAUGGGAUCAACAGGGACAAUCCAUGGUCGAGAGGACGGAUUUCAAUGUUUCGGCUCUCCGAUCGCACAAUCUACAGCCUGCCUUGUGGAGGGCAUCUCAAUACUCUCACGAACCCGAGCUGACGCCUGCGUACAUGGAAGAGCAGCUCCUUUCCCCCGGCUCCUUGACAGAGAAAUUCCUCGAUGCAGUCAUGAAGCCAGGCGUUUUCUCUUCUCUCACUCUUCGAACGGCGCUGGACAAGUAUGUCGACGCUUGUCUUUCUCUUCCGGGGUCGCCUCCGCCCCAACUCCUGAAUACUUAUGCCACCCUGUGCGAAAAUAUCGCUGCCGUCGUUGGCUGUACCGUCACCCUAAACCGCGAUCCGCUGACUGGUGGCUUUCAACACGCCAAUUAUUGGACUGCCUUGAAGAGGGAUUGGGAGGGAUUUCUGGCCAGAUGCCGAGAGGUAGAACGUAGCGCACGCUGGCCCCUCUCAAUUGGCGCUCACGGCCAGAAUGGGAUCGUCGUAGUUGAACGAGAAAGAGUCGGGUCUCUCGUUGUUGAGGACGUCCCUAUAUGCCUCCAUCGCAUGCUUGACCGUGAUCAAGCUCCUCAUCCCCAAUACAACCUUCUUGCAGUGCUAUGGGCGCUGCGAUCCAAAUUAGGCCCUCACAUUCUGUCGGAUCUGGAGAGCCACGUUGUUGACAUCAUGCACCAGGAAAUUGCAUUUUCCUUUGCUGAAAUUCUACAAGACCAAGCUCAGCGCAUUAAAUUCAAGGAAAGUCUCGAUGAAGGCGAACGGAACUGGUUUACUGGACGCCUCCAUAGUAUCGACGAUAUUGACGGAGCCACAAGGACAGCCCUAGAUUCGAUUGGAGGUUUUGACCUGGCGGUCAAACGAGAAGAAAAUGAUACGGAACUUCUGAAUGUCCUUCCUCCGUCCCGAUGGCUUCAAUCUCAAGCUGCUGCAUAUUGCACGACGACCAUCGAAGCAAGAUAUAAUCUAUGCCUUUGCCUCAUCAUUCUACUGUUCUUCUCGUCGGACGACCUUUCACAGUGGGAUGCGUCUCUUCUUGCAGAAGUGUUUGCAGUCUUCAGGGGUGUAGCUAUGCUGCGAUUCUUGGGCAACCAACCUGCAGAAGGUGUCAAUAACGCUUUGCAUCAUGGAUCGUCAAACUCAGCGGAUGAUGUGAUCGCCCAGAUGCGCAAUAUGAACGUCUCGAGCAGCAAGACCCAACCUCCUUCCAAAUCAUCGUUGAUGCACCUUUUUGUGGCCCAGUCACCGGGUGGCGAUGGCAUUGCUGCAAUUUCGCACAACUUCUUGGACGGAACAGGUGUACUCCAAUCACUCUCGCCGGCGCAUGCCACUAAGCAUGAAAUAUUGGUUUGCGAUCGGGUUAGGUUGUUUGGCUUCCCCGACAUUACUCGAGAGCUGUUAUCAUGGCUUCCUCGCACUCCUGCUGCGACAUACGUCCAGUCACAGGUGAUGCUAAGACUUGGGAGGAUAGAUGACGCCUCCCAAACUCUGGAGAUGUUGGCCGGGUGCUUUGGUGUUGCCAAUCUGACGUACGAAGAUUCUGAAGCAUUGUCGUCGGUGCUUUCUAACAUGUUCCGGGAUUUCGUUCAGCAUGAGGUCCAUUUCUCUCAAUUAGCCAUCCAAGUGGCACCUCCUGGCGUUGACACAGCACCCCUCUGGAACACUGUUGCAAAGGGGCUGACUGACUUAGCAUUAUAUGACGAUGCCUAUGCUUCAGUAAUGGCAACUCCGUUUGAGAAGCAGAAAAGAGAAUGUGCUAGCCAGCUGGCGAUUACCAUGUGCGAGGAGACCGCAGUGGAAAAACUGAUGACCUUUGAUUUUGCUGGUAUCGCAAGUGACAUCGAAGCUGCAUUGGCUUUCAAGGCCCGAAACGCGGAUCCACGCGCCACGCCCUGCUACUCCAGCAUCUUAUACACGUGGUAUAUUCGAAGGGGGGAUUAUCGUAAUGCAUCUCUGACGAUGUAUCAACGGGCACGGAAGUUGGCAGAUGCCAUAAAGGAUGCUACAUCCCUCGUUUCUCUCGCCGAGACUCGAUUAGAGGCAUUGUCGGUCGCCAUCAAUGCAUUGCACUUAGUAGAUGAAAAGACAGCCUGGAUACUGGUGCCAGUGAUUCCAGACCCGUCUCGAAAACUCCAGAAAUUGUCGAAAUAUAUCCCAGAAUCCAAAUAUAUCUCCAGCAAGCACGAUACCCAGAUCGUCCAUCUCGCCGAUAUAGAAUACGAGGCCAUCCUUCUUCGAGCCCAAAUCGACAGCAUCAAACGGGAACCCACCCUUCUUUCAUCUCCGGAAUUCCUCCUUCCUCCUUCAGUCAUUGUGAUGAGACUUGCCCAUGCGAGUCACUAUAGCCAAGCCAUGUUCAUCGCGAAGAGCUUGAAAAUCGACAUGACAGAUGUAUUCAUUCAUCUGACAAGCCAAUGUAUUCGUCUCUCUCGCAAUCCUGGAUCUGUAUUGCAGGAGGACACAUCUGGUUGGCUCUUGACAGACAAUGCAAGUUCUUGGCAAGGGACGCCCUCGGACCGAGGAUGGAGAUACCUGCAGGAGUCGUUGAAGAGAUAUGACGGACCUGAUAACGAUUAUCAGUAUGCAAAAGCUUCACUCGAGACGAUCCUCAGCGCUGGAAGAUCCUCAUUGUCGCCACCAUGGUUAAUCGAUGUUCUGGAGAAACACCAACCAGAAUACCUCAUUCGCGUCAGUCUGCGAUACGAAAUUAUCGCAGACGCUGUAAAUUACACUUAUGCCCUGGUUCUCAAGUCCGAUAAACAGCUGACGCGAGAAACUUCUAAAAACGCUUCGACCUCAUGGCUACCUUACGGACUCAUCGACCAAGUCCUCGUAGCAGCAGAUAGCCAGAUGAAUCCUCCUUCUCACCUGUCAGAAUUGCGGACAGCCAUUAACAACCGCGUAAAGCGGGUGCAAAAACUCAGCCAAAAUGUUUUAUAG